CGCCAACGGCGCGCAGUUGACCAAUCAGCGUUAAGGCACUUGUUUUCAAAUUUAAACCCAGUAGGCGCCAUAUUGGAUCGCCCUUAUAGCCAGGGAAGGAGGACAACAAAGAUACUUGCCGCCGUUUUCGAGAAAAUAAUAAUUUUUCCUUAACUCUGUCGUGAAAGUGGAGCUAUUACACCCCAGGUAUCCCCAAGUUUGCAGACCAACUGUGAAGUCUUGCACCAGAGCACUGUGCAAUUUUGGAGGUUCUGUGUGACCCAGUGAGACAGCCAAGAUGAUUAAGAAUCCGAUGGCACUGCUGGAGAAAGAGAACAAGGAGGCUCCCAACGUUCGGAUCAUGGUGAAAGGGAAGGCAGACACCACCCAGGGUGCCCAGCGCGUUCUGAAGGCCCAGCCGUCCAACAGCAGCACCGGGCAGAAACCUGCAGCACAGCAGCCCGCCAGCAGGGCAGACAUGGAGAGGAGAAUGAAGAGUUGGAAGCUGGAAGAUUUUGACAUCGGCCGGCCGCUGGGCAAGGGCAAGUUCGGGAACGUUUAUCUGGCGAGAGAGAAAAACUCCAAGUUCAUCGUAGCACUGAAGGUUCUGUUCAAGUCUCAGCUGAUGAAGGCAGGUGUCGAACACCAGCUGCGGCGGGAGAUCGAGAUCCAGUCUCACCUCAGACACCCCCACAUCCUGCGGCUGUACGGUUAUUUCUACGACGACACGCGGGUUUACCUGAUCCUGGAGUACGCCCCGCGCGGCGAGCUGUACAAGGAACUACAGAAGCAAGUCCGCUUCGACGAGAGAAGAUCUGCCACGUACAUAGCCCAGCUGGCAGAUGCGCUGAAGUACUGCCACUCUAAGAAAGUGAUCCACCGAGACAUCAAGCCGGAGAACCUGCUGCUGGGCCUGAAAGGAGACCUGAAGAUUGCAGACUUCGGCUGGUCGGUCCACGCGCCCUCCUCAAGACGCGCCACGCUGUGCGGAACGCUGGACUACCUCCCUCCGGAGAUGAUCGAAGGGAAGAUGCACGAUGAGAAAGUGGACCUGUGGAGUCUGGGCGUGCUCUGCUACGAGUUCCUGGUGGGCAAGCCGCCCUUCGAGGCCGAGGGCCACAGCGAAACCUACAGACGGAUAUCAAAGGUUGACCUGAGAUUUCCGCCCCACGUGACCUCUGGAGCACGAGAUUUGAUAUCAAAGCUGCUGCGCCACAACCCGAUGCUGCGGCUGCCACUGGACAGCGUUCUCAGCCACCCAUGGAUAAAGGACAACGCAGCCACGCAGGCCGAGUCCACACCCGCACACCCCACACACGCCUCCCACACCAAGUCAUGAUGCCCCGCACACAACACACACAAACCCGCACACAAUCCCGCACACACACCACACACAAACCCGCACACACCACACACAAACCCGCACACACCACACGUACACACACAGGCCAAGUCAUGAUGCCCAGUUUGACUGCUUGUUCUUUUGUGUCUUCAAAAGUGACACACUGGUGACUGAUAAAACUGUACCGAACUACAGCAUUAGCAUAAACAGCCAUGUAUGCAGAAUUAGCAUCCCUGUUAUGGAAACUCUAAAGAAAUCAUGGGUUCACCAGGAUAACUGAGCAUCGGGGACUUUUCCUACAACACUGUAAAUUAAAUGAUGUAGAUUCUGUGGUUUAUGACUAGAGUAGACUUGAGGAUAUUGUAAUUUGUAGGGGGAGCAUUUGGGGUACUGCUGCACUGUGGGUAAUUAGCACCUUAUGUACAAAUUAAUCAAUAGAAAAGAUAACAUAUCUGUAAUAAAAACUGUACAGUUCAAAAGGAAGGAAUGGGUGAUACUUGUGUACCGGUCUGAGACUAAACAGAUCUCACUGGCAUGUUGCCAUGGCAGCACACGACUGUUCUGCUGUCAGCUGUCUCCUUCGGUUUGAUUGGCGCUCCUGAAGUCCAGCCCUUGUGGAAGUCUGCUCAACCUUGUACUAGGGUCCGUGAUCAUCAGAAGAUAUGUUAGAUAGAAUGAGCUGUUUAUAUGUGACGCAAGAAAAUAUUUGCUUUGACCAUUUUAUUGAUUUCUAUGUUAGUCAUUUUCUUUUACAUUCCUGUCAUAGGUUUCUUACCAUUAUGUAUCAAUGAGAAUAAAGAUAUCACAUUUUA